GUAGUGCACUGUAAGUUGGAUGGAAUGCCAAUCAGUCAGGGAAGUAGCUGCGAGACUGGUGCAAAGUGGCAACUCUACUCCUUUCUGCUCAAGAAUGUCGGUGUUGGUUGAGCAGCAGGCAUUUGUUUUCCCUCUCCUUUUUCGCUCUGCUGCAUAGUGCGCUAUCCCUCUUCUGACGACCCUGUACAUCAGCAUGAAAAUGCAUCUACCUCGCUUUGCAGCAGUUAUUCAUUGUUCACUCCUGUCCUCUCAUCGUAUGGGGUCGUUCCUCGAGUGACGGCCGGAACUCUCCUCUUUCUUUGCGCAAGAAACAUGAGGCAUUUGAAAAGUUGACUCUGGAGUCUCCACGCCAUGCGAGCAUGGCUCCAAAUCUCUUCUGUUCCAAAAGAAAAAACUCAUCUGGAGACUCUCUUCCAGGACCCAAGUCUACCUGCGUUGCGAAGUGGCAUGGAGAAAAUAUUGCAUACAAUGAGAGGGGUUUCAAGUACCAAGCUGAUGUGGCUGAAUGCGUCCAACUGUUGAUAAACAGACUGGACUUUGAAUCCUGAUGUCAGAAUCUGACAAGUAAAAUGACUCCGAGGAGGGGUCUUCAAGUUCUUGAGUUCAUGUGCUCUCUGCACAUGUCUGCUUCUAGCUAGGACACAUCAAUGUAUGUAUGGCUUCUUAGGUGCUGCUGCAGUGAAGGGUAAUUGGUACCUCCGAUGCUGCGAAACAUGGAGCAGGGGAAUGUUAACCUGAUGGCACAAACCAUAACCAGACCUGCCUGGUAGGGGCAGAUGGCUGUAGAGUGAUAGCAGAAGUGCUAAAGCGCACAGCGACAACACACCAUGAGACAUGAGGGUCACACGACAUGAAAGACAAACUCUCCGAGCACAGGUGGUUGGACAUCGACCGCACCCCAUGUGCAUGUGACGAACUCUCUCUGAGUGCAGGUGGCUGGACCGUGAAGAUCACAUGACAUGAGAGACAAACUCUCCGAGCACAUCUGGCUGGACAUCUUCUGCACCCCAUGCACAUGUGGCAAACUCUCCGAGCGCAGGUGGCAGGACCAUGAAGAUCAUACGACAUGAGCUCUCCAAGCGAAGAGGGGACGGGACCAUGCAGCAAGAACCAGGUUACUGAGCGUCUUUGAAGAUCAUCAUGCCUGCGAGGACUUGGGGGGGAAAAAAAAAACGGUGAUGGAGCAGACCUUUCAAGAAUGUUUCCAACGGAGCGAAUGGUACCGUCUGGCAUACAUGGAGUAUUCUGUGCUGUUACGAACCUGACUAUCAGAGAGCCUAUAAGAGUGGGUGACUCACCGUGGAGCCCAUACCAUGGACGGGAUGAUGGAAUAAGAAAGUGUGUUUGUGAGUGCUGCCAAGGGUAAGGCGGUGACUGGCAUGCGUCGAGUGUUCUGGCUCAGGACGGACAGCGAGAAAGGACAUCAGGUUUACAGCAUGCGGCGCCCAGUUACCCGUGCAGCUCGUCCGGCUCUACAAAAAUGGAUGGCGAGUAUGUAAAACAUUGAUGCCUGAGGAGAUGGGUGAGAAGCAUGGCUCACCGUCAGAUUCAGACACGUCAUUGUUUCUUGACGGUGUUUGUUUAAACCUCGCAGCAAUCCAGGUUGGUGCAAGCGCUGUCACAUCCACAUCCACAUGUCUACUGGUGGAUAAGUGGGUGUGGACGGUCAACAAUGCUAGUUAGUUAAGAGUACGGUGUGUGUAGAUAUGUUAUGUUUGUCCUUACAAUGUUUGUUGGUGACCAACAAUGCAUGUUGGUGACCUCGCACAGCCCGCAUACAACUUCAUCAUUAUGUUCCUCUGCUUCACCGUCGGUUCAUCCGUUGAGAUUCACUGCCGCCAUUCAUGACACAAACACGCUUCGUGACGGCAUCCUGUCAUAGUCUGCGGUUCGACAUCAUGACGAGGCGGAGUGAUAAAGAACAUGUUGCCCCGACCCCGACCGCGAUGACAAACGAAAGUGAUUCAAGAAAGGGACACAACACAAAGAUGUUCGAGUUUCCAUUCAAGAUUGAUCCGGUUGUUGAUGCGAAACGCGACGACCCUGUGUGGCGUUUUGUUGCACGUGGCCGAUACUUGCACGAUUAUACGACAUUGGGGAGGAAGAGUGGUCGUCGAUGUGUGCGCAGAUUGCAUGGGAAAUCUAUUUGUGGUGGAAGUAGAGAUGCGAAGGAAUAUUUCUUAAAGAGCAAGGAGUUCAAAUGCCCGACGAGGACUCCUGCCGUGUGUUAUACCAUUUGGGCGAAGAACAUGGACAAGUGUUCGAAAGAGUUCGUUGCCUCGAUUGAGGAGUUGAAGAGGUUUCCUCCCGGCCACCCAUGCUUCCAGUGGCCACCACUUUCAUUCCCAGUGGACUCGGAGCCUCGGCGGUCGCUCGAUGGUGGGGCACGGGUGGUUGUCACACCGUCUCGCGGUGCAGUCGGCACACCUGUUGUGCCACCUGCGGCGGCGGCAUCAUCUGAUGGAGUACUCCCGUCGGCGGUCCUUGGAGGGACCGCAGUGCAAGCGGUCGCGACAACGAUACCACCAGCAACGGCAUCUGAUGCGUUGGCAUCCGCUAUUGCAUAUGCCGAGGGCGAGGGCACUACACGGAGGGGCGCAUACAAGCAGCAGACAGUCAUUUCAUAUUAUGCCGACCCGAGGGAGCAUGCAUGGCGCACGACGAUUAUGCGGUUCAUCGUGGAGAGUGGCAUGCCAUUCCACUGCGUGAAGCUUGAGAGCUUCAGACAAAUGUUUACAGUCAUUAUUCCUCCUGGGGUCCCAGGGGCUCCCAUGCCCAAACCACCGACUUAUCACAUGGUCCGCACGACAUUCUUGGAUGAGCUAGAUGCUGAUGUCCAGCGGCAUGUGAAGCCGGUGCUCGAGACUUCGCGUCAGAGUGGUUGUAUUGUCAUGACAGAUGGAUGGACGAACAUCCUUGGUCAAACAUUGUGCAACUACAUUGUCGGUACUGAAAGGGGACCCGCGUAUCUUACCACAGAUGUUAUGCGUGGGAGGAACGAUGCUGCAGCGUUGGUGAAGGCAUGGUUGCAAAGGUUGAAGACCAUCGAUAUCCAACUCAGCGACAUCACGGCGUUCGUCACGAUUCUGCGAACGACGGUCGACCUUGUUCGUCUCCCUCGAAAGUAUUGGGACGAGGAAAAUUUUUUGUAUCAUAACUCCUCUAGCGACGAGGAUUUCUUCUAUACCGCUAUAGCGACAACAGGGGACGACGACGGCAGGCCAGGCGACGACCGUUGUGACGAUGACGAUGAUGACGGUGAUGAUGGAGCGGGCGACGGUCGUGGCCCCCGAUCGUUGAUACGAGGCGGCGGGAGAGGAGUUGUUGCACCGCGAGAGGCAGCUGGUGAUGGUGGAGAAGGAGACAGUGUCGAGUGUGAAGGUGAUCCAUGUGGCGAGGACCCCGGAGCAGUAGUCGAGGAGAUGCGUGACGAUGCAACUAUGAACAUCGAGCACCAUACGACCGUGGACGGUGUCGACGACAGAGGAAGCAAGGACGAACACGAUAGUCCCCCGCGUGGCCGGGGAAUUGACCUCCGACGCUUGCAACAGGGGCCUAAGAGGACGAGUUCUAUUGCCGAUCGCGUGCGGCGACGCCACGAGACCCUUUCCCUCAGUGUUCCUCCACGACCCGUGGAGGCGCCAAUUGUCCAUGUCUUUGAGGACUCCAUGAGUGAUGGGAUAGGCGAGGAGCGACACCCGUCACCUGGCGGCUCUGCACGAGAGGCACGUCCGGUUCAUGAUGGCGUAGAGGACGGUGUCAGGCGCAUCGGUCCGGCACCGCACGCGGCAGCGUGGGACCCUCUCGGCCGCAUCACGCAGGAGUUGGACCAACCUCGUCACGAAAGCGCAAAUGGAGCUUCCUUAGGCCGCUCCGGCCGAGUGCGCCAGCCAUACCUCUCGCGAGCCCCUACGACAGGAUAAGACCUACACGAGGCACAACUUACCUCCACCUUACGGGAGUUGUCACCUCCCUUCGGUGGGCGUAUCCCCGCCGAGU